UUUGUUAAAAUGGCCAGAACCAAACAAACCGCCCGUAAAUCCACCGGAGGCAAAGCCCCGAGGAAGCAGCUCGCCACCAAGGCUGCCCGCAAGAGCGCCCCGGCCACCGGCGGCGUCAAGAAGCCUCACCGUUACAGGCCCGGCACCGUGGCCCUGCGUGAGAUCCGCCGCUACCAGAAGUCCACGGAGCUGCUCAUCCGCAAACUGCCCUUCCAGCGCCUGGUGCGUGAGAUCGCACAGGACUUCAAGACCGAUCUGCGCUUCCAGAGCUCCGCCGUCAUGGCCCUGCAGGAGUCCAGCGAGGCCUACCUGGUCGGCCUCUUCGAGGACACCAACCUGUGCGCCAUCCACGCCAAGAGAGUCACCAUCAUGCCCAAAGACAUCCAGCUGGCCCGGCGUAUCCGCGGAGAGCGAGCUUAGAUCUCAACUAGUCCACUAAACAACAACAACAACACAACGGCUCUUUUAAGAGCCACACACUUUAUCUGUAAAGAGUCGAUAAUCUUGAUUUAAAAAGUCGUGUAUAGUAAAUGUUAUCUUAUAAUACUACUACAUAACAGUGAAUAUGAAGUCAUGUUAAAUAUUAUUACA